AUGGAGGACUUCAUCUGGACGCACAUUUGUUGUCAAUUGGGUAUCCCCUACGCAAUCAUCACCGAUAACGGCAGGCAGUUCUGCACUCGCCUCAAGAUCAAUCUGUUCUUCGCUUCUCCAGCUCACCCACAGUCGAACGGUCAAGUCGAAGCAAUAAAAAAAAUCAUCAAAAAGCUACUAAAACGGCAGCUUGACAAAGCUAAAGGAGCUUGA